AGCUUCCUGUAUAAAUAAAUGCAGCUUUCCCACCGCCGCUGCAUGCGGGCGGUGGCGCGGUCGGGGUGCGAUGGCAGCAGGCAGGGGAUGGUGUGUCGGGGCGGCACGGGGGCUGGCACACGGGUCCUGCGGCAGCCCUUAAGAGUGUCCGGCUGUCACCCAGCCAGGGCAGAGCCGGGGCGUGCGAGAGCGAUCGGCUCCGCGCAUUGCUGCGAGCUCGCGGGUCCGUGACAUCCUGCUUCCCUGGGAAUGCCCCGCUCCGAGCGCCGCCGCUGAGGAGUCGCGCAGCUGGCAGCGAGAGCCACCCUCCUUUCGAGGCUGAGUUACACCAUUAAUGACUGAAUGGGCUCUGCUGGGAAGGCUUGUCCUCACACCAUGACAGCUGAUGAGUCAGAAGCUGGAGAGUUAGCUCUGGAGCCUCUCCUCACUUGCAAGCUAUGUCUCUGUGAAUAUUCCUUGGAUAAGAUGACCACUCUUCAGGAAUGCAGCUGCAUCUUUUGUACAGCGUGUCUGAAACAGUACAUGGAGCUGGCAAUUCAAGAAGGUUGUGGUUCCCCUAUCACAUGUCCAGACAUGGUGUGCUUGAAUCAUGGGACACUACAAGAAGCAGAGAUUGCCUGUUUGGUUCCGGCUGACCAGUUUGAGUUGUACAAGAGGUUGAAGUUUGAACGAGAAGUCCACUUGGACCCCCAGAGAACGUGGUGCCCCACAGCUGACUGCCAGACAGUGUGCCACAUCGCACCGAGCGAGUCGGGAGCACCGGUGCCAGUGGAGUGCCCUGCCUGCCACCUGACCUUCUGCUCCUCCUGCAAGGAGCCCUGGCACGGGCAGCACCUGUGCCAGGAAAACCAAACUACUCCAGUACCAACCGAGCAGGGAUUCCUUAUUGGAGCAGAGACAGAGGCACCAAUUAAGCAGUGCCCAGUUUGUCGAAUUUAUAUUGAGAGAAACGAGGGCUGUGCUCAGAUGAUGUGCAAGAACUGCAAGCACACGUUUUGCUGGUAUUGUCUACAGAACCUGGAUAAUGAUAUUUUCUUGCGACAUUACGACAGAGGCCCUUGCAGAAACAAGCUGGGCCAUUCACGGGCUUCAGUGAUGUGGAACAGAACACAGGUUGUGGGGAUCCUCGUUGGACUAGGUAUCAUAGCAUUGGUGACCUCCCCCUUGCUGCUUGUGGCAUCUCCAUGCAUCAUCUGUUGCAUUUGCAAAUCUUGCCGGAGCAAAAAGAAAAAACCCAGCCUGCCGACAACCUAAAACUCAGUGUCUUUUUGAGUCUCCAUCUGUACAACAUCUGUAUGUGAGAAAGCACAAUGCUUGUGUUUUGGUGCCAUACCUACCAAAUAAUGCUCCCUUUUUUUUUGCCAAUUCUUGGGAUAAGUGCCUAUUCUUUACAGGCUACUCUAUCACUAACCAGUCCUGGUGGGGAAAAAGUCUAGGUUAUUAUGCAGUACGUAUGGUGUAAGUUUUUGCUUUCUGAUGAGGAAAACAGGACACCAUUCAGUACUCCACACCAUAAAUAUGAUCUACCACUGAAGACUGAUAGAACAUUCCCAUUUUCCAUCAGCUGCACAUGACUUGAUGGUGCUGCAUUACUCUGUCUUUGCAGAUCCACUCAUUACGGUCAUGCUUGCUGUUGGUUCUUGGUGACACUCAGAUUUCUCAGAAAGUUUUGGGAGAGGGAAAAGCUUGAUUAGGUUCUUCUGUCUGCUAGCUUGUGUCCAGUUAAAUGUGUAACAUACCAUUAAGAAAAUAUGUUUGGUAGUUUCCUGUCAAUUGGCUGCCAUGGCAUUUCUUUCAGCAUUGAAAUCCAUUUGAUUUUUACCAUUGAGCUGAACUAGAAGUUAAAAAUACAACAAAACUGUUCAUAAGAUAGGGCUUUCUUUUGAGCAACUGGACUACCUGAGAAAGCUGCUAUUUUUUCACAUCAAACAUGACAUAUCUACCAUUAAGUAUUAGGAAUGUGCAUAUUUUCCUACCAUUGGGCAUGCCUUUUGUCAGUACCAUGGGUGUAGCAAAUCACAGUGAAGGUAAUAUUGUUAGAAAGACUGUGAUAAAGUUCCCAUUUGGUGCAGAGCAUUGGGAUCCUGGUUGUGUGUGUACAGAGUGGUGGCAUGGGUGCAGAUGUACCAAGUACAUACGGACAGUCAGUGUAUUUUUUUCAACAGUUUACAUGAGGUGGCAGUAAGAACCCUGUUAAAAAGUCGUUG